AAUUAUUAUACUUUACAGACCCACAAAUUACACAUUGGGCAUCGGUGUCAAUCGAAUUUCUCUUCUGGUAGUUGACGUUACUCACACCGAACCAUGGGUUAUCAAUACUUACAUUCUGUUAGUCAGACGUUUGCCAAUUACUCACGGCCAAUCCCCUUUCGAUCCUGAUCAGCCUCACCAGAUCUGCAGCCUGAAACAAGAGUGUGAGAUGCAAGUAUUUCCUAGUGAGAGUUGUGCCAUUAGAACUGAUGUCACGUCUGUACCCAAUUGGUCUACUUACCUUAAUCUUCGUGCAAAUCUCACGAUUUGUACCUCGGGAGAUGCAUCAGGUCGUUGGGUUCUUCCAUGUACAACGUGUUCUGAUAGGAAGAGUUGUUUCUGGAGCGAAGCAGUGUGGCACCCCUACAAUUGUCGUUACGUAGUACCAUCUAAAGAAGUAUUAUCUCGUUGUUUAGAUGGUAAAAAGAUAUUAUUUAUAGGAGACUCGACUAAUCGAGGAAUGAUGCAUUACGUUAUGGAGAAACUAAAUGGUUCUUUAAACCAGUGGGACAAGACACAUGACAUCAGAGUAUAUACAAACGUCAACAAAGGAAGGACAUUCGUUAGUUUCGCCUACUAUCCACAAUUUUGGCUACCAACAAACCAGCGGCCAGUGUUCGAUAAGGCAUUAUACCAACUGAUACAGAGAUCUCGUCCCUUGGAAAAUAAUACAAAUACCAUUUUGGUAGUUGGAGGCGUGCAUUGGUUAGCCACGCAACAUCUUCACAUGUUACUAAGAGCAAUACGGGUAGAACGGCUUCAUGGUAUUCGUCUUGUUAUGAAAACUUUGGGUUCAGGAUUCCAUCAACCCGUUGAAGGCGUUCAUACAUUAUCAAUGGAAGAUCAACGAAAGUUAUUACUUCACAGCAUGGGUCUUGCUGAAUUUGCCAAACAUUAUAAUUUCGACGUUAUUGAUACAUUUAACAUAACCAUUCCUAGAUAUAAGGAUUUCCUUCAAGGAAAAUGUGCCUGUCAUUUUCAUAGGGUGGUAGAUGUGACCGAGUCGGAUACAAAUCAAAGUGGUUGGAGGAACAAGAAGAAUACUUUUUCCAACCAGCCAGAGUUUCACGUCGAGGGAGAUAUUAAUGCCAUUUAUAGUGACAUAUUACUAAGCAGACUUUGUGGAGAUUACAUGUCCGAUAGAUGACAUCUAACCCCAUUGCAAUCUGUUCCUAAAUUAUUCGCCAAAUUAGAGUUAAUCUUGUAAAUAUCUACUUAAAUGGGCCACCGUCGAACAAAUGGAAAUCAAUCAAAAAAAUCUCGUGAUGCCAUUUAAAAAAAUACAACAAAGUACUGUAUCUUCGUGAAAGAUGUGGACCAAUAAAGGACUUAUAAAUUUGAAUAAACGUGAAACAACUAUAUUCACCCCCACUCGAUCGAUAGUAUCGUGUGGAUGAUGUGAAGUACCAUCGCAUUGCAAUAUGUUGCUAAAGCUUUUGUGUAUUAAAUCAUCGAUUUUGAAUGAUCUAGUGUCAUCAAUAAUGAAUAAAUUAGACUAAUAUAUCACGAAAGCACCUUAGAUACGCGCCAAAAAAGUUUUAUGCACAAAUUAUCUUUAAAGAAUUUGCUGCUAAACAUUUAUCUAAAUAAAAU